UCCGGCGCUGCCAUUGGUCCAAAAGACACUGAAUCAUAACCGUGCACUGUGGCUUUCCUGGCUUGACAGCUGUCACCAAAAUACCGAGGCCGAGGGGGAGAGAAGCAUGGCUGCGUUGUUUAGAGGGUGCCGGAGUAUAUGCUUCAGGUGGAACAAGCAUGUCUUCGGAUCAACUAGAUCCAUGGCCUCAAAGACACCGGUAGGCUUUGUUGGUCUGGGAAAUAUGGGAAGUCCCAUGGCCAAGAACUUAAUAAAAAAUGGUUAUCCUGUCAUCGCCACUGAUGUCUUCCCAGAAUGCUGCAAAGAGCUGCAGGACUUGGGUGCCCAGGUGGUGGACUCUCCUGCAUACGUGGCAGAGAAAGCAGACCGAAUCAUCACAAUGCUGCCAUCUAGUCCAAAUGUCAUAGAAGUCUACACGGGCUCUAACGGCAUCUUGAAGAAGGUGAAGAAGGGAACGCUGCUGGUUGACUCCUCAACAAUUGAUCCGGCUGUUGCUAAAGAAAUGGCUGUAGCAGCAGAGAAGAUGGGCGCUGUCUUCAUGGAUGCUCCAGUGUCAGGAGGUGUUGGGGCUGCCAGCAUGGCUAAACUGACCUUCAUGGUUGGUGGACUGGAGGAAGAAUUCAAGGCUGCAGAGGAAUUAUUCACCUGCAUGGGCGCUAAUGUCAUCUACUGUGGACAAGUUGGCUCAGGACAGGCAGCAAAGCUCUGCAACAAUAUGCUACUAUCCAUCGGGAUGAUUGGGACUGCAGAGACCAUGAACCUAGGCAUCAGAUUGGGUUUGGACCCCAAGCUGCUUGCAAAGAUCCUUAACAUGUCAUCGGGUCGCUGCUGGUCCAGUGACACAUACAACCCUGUCCCUGGAGUAAUGGAGGGUGUCCCCUCAGCCAACAACUACCAAGGUGGUUUUGGGACUACUCUGAUGGCCAAGGAUCUUGGCUUAGCCCAGAACACUGCCACCAACACAAGGACACCCAUCCCUCUGGGUUCCCUUGCCCACCAGAUCUACAGAGUCAUGUGCUCUCGCGGCUACGCCAACAAGGACUUUUCAUCCGUCUUCCAGUUUCUGCGUGAGGAGGAAGCACAGUGAAUGGAGGUGAAGCAUAGCUGACAACACAGCUAUGAUGGACUGUUACUCAGACCUCAGAACCACACACCCGAGUGUCCCUUACCCCGGUAUUCUCAGGAGAGACUAAAAAGAGGCCAAAAUGCUGUGUCUUGACACCUCUCUGCUUGUUGUCAACUCUCUCUCCUGUAUCCGAAGAGAUGCUAGGAUUUAUUUAAAAAUGUCCAAAAAAUACAAAAUCUUGGUCGAGCUUUACUAAAACGCAGUGUACAGUAGCUGCAGAUUUACAUGCAACUAUGCAACUCGUGUAGCAUUUCCUGGAUGGUUAAAGAGUGGAAAUGAAUCAGCGGUGAAGCAUGUUUUUGUCAGUGUCUUGCUAAAUGUCUGUUACCUGUAUGACCUUACCCCCUGACCCUGUAAUAAUGUGGACAGAAAAAGAAAAAAAUAACCCAAAAAAUAAACCAUGCAGUUUAUUUUUCAACAAACUGCAUGUGUUGAAAAAUAAACAUAAUUUCUUCAACAAAUGCAGUUGAAGAAAUUGCAACCGACUGCAGAGGUUAUGACUCUAUUACCCAUUUUAUACCAAAGUUGCCCAAACUUGAGGCCCAAAGUUUACUGACGUUCAAUCACAUUUCUUCAUAUUAUAAAAUAAAAUUUAAUUUAACAUCUACCUACAUUUAUUUAUGUUUUGACUUACACUACAUUUAGAGUUGUUUUAAUUCAUUUUCAACUAUGCUGUGAGAAAUAUUGUUUGUGCUGUGUUUGUUGCAGUGCAACAUUUCAGGGCCCUUUUGAUACUGCAACAGAAUUUCUCUGAACUUAAUUCUUUACUUCGCUGUCUACAUCUGCUCAUUGAGCCAUCAAAGUAUUAUUUUGUGACUAAUGAUGUCAAAAUUUUAAACAUUGUUUCACUGCCUAGCACUUUCUUAUGCCCAGUGUAUCUUCACCCUGCCUAUCUCAUUUCGUCAGAUUCAACUGUGUAAAUUGUCCGUGAGGAAUGGGUUCUUUGUGCUGUGAGAAUUUGUACAUAAUUUAUAUUUCAUAAUGUUGUGCAGGAUCAAAGUAUAGACUGUUACUUUUUUUUAAUUUUUUUUUUUUUUAGAAAAAUACUUCUACUUCAGUUUCUUUAAUCUGUGAAACAAAAUCUCAGUCAUAUGCAGUGGAAAAAUAAAGAUAUUUUGUGUAUUUGA